GAUCGCGUGGUGCGACAGGCAGUGCGUGAGGAACCUGGAGUUCCUCAACUCGGAGGAGUUCACAAUGAACAGCACAACAUCUCACCAGUGGUAUUGUCGCGAAUAUAUUUGGGCGAUUCUCCUGAUCAAGGACUGGGUGCAGACCCGGAAGAUGACGGACGAAGACCCCUACCUGACCAUCAACACAGAAGAGGAUGAAUGGAAGGUCAUGUUUUGUUCUGCCACGCCCCCAGAGACAGAGUACGACAUGGAGGGCGCGUUGCUGGGGCACGAGCAUCUGCACGCCUACGCGGAGUUGCGGCCUCGGUACCAGCUGUGCUCGGACAACGAUUUGCUGGCAUUAUCAGAGUAUGAUAAGGAUGUUAAAGCCUUCGCCACGAGACUUACCAGUGACAAUCGUGAGGUGGUGAAGACCAUUCUUCCAGACCCGGCGGAGAUUCAACUACCAAUAGGCUUGGCUUGUUUGAGUGGUUAUCUUCCAGAAGACGCUACAUGGAGUGAUGGUGAUGUCUGUGUUCUUCACGUGGACAAAGCAGGUAUCAAGAGAGCGCUCAUAGAGACCAACAAGACGCAGUCAAAUUUGUCAGUUUCGGACGACGAUCUCAGGAAGAGCCCGGAGCUGGCCAGGGCAGCUGUUCUUGCGGAACUGCUACGUUGGAUUGACAACAACUCAGUGAGGCGACAGAAUAAGAACGAUGCCUGGAAUUUGUUGACGUCGCGAUAUGUAUUCACGUGGAAGCUACAGGGUGGCGGUGCCCGCAUUAUGAAGUGUCGACUGACAGCGCACGGGUUCAAGGACAUGGAGCGAGGCAACCUGGGUAAAUUCAGCGGCACG